AUGGAUAACACUGACGAAAUUCUCUCCAUUGAGCUUCCUGCACCUGCUUCAUGGAAGAAGCUGUUUUAUCCGAAAAGAGCAGGUACUCCCAGGAAGACGGAGAUUGUGUUCAUGGCUCCAACGGGUGAAGAGAUUAGCUCUCGCAAGCAGCUGGAGCAGUACCUGAAGGCUCAUCCAGGAAACCCUCUCAUCUCUGAGUUUGAGUGGACGACUGGGGAAACUCCAAGGCGGUCUUCAAGGAUCAGCCAGAAGGUGAAGGCUACGACGCCCACUCCUGACAAGGAACCUCUCCUGAAGAAGAGACGAUCUUCUCUCACAAAGAAGGACAACAAAGUGGCUGCCGAGAAAAACGAAGAUGCUGCUGUGAAGGAGACCGUGGAUGCUGUGAAGGAGAAGGAGAAGGAGAAGGAGGCUGAGAAGGACGGACUUGCGGAAACUGCUGAGGCGGAGAAGGAGAACAAGGAGGGUGAGAAGACUGAGGCUGAGAAGGAUGGGAAAACAGAAGUUGCUGCGGCUGAGAAGGAGAACAAGGAAGGUGAAAAGACUGAGGCUGAGAAGGAGGGAGAAGUUGUGACGGACAAGAAAGAGCCUAUGGAAGUUGAUACCUCCGAGGUGGUGAAGGCGGCUGAGAGUGGAGAGAAAGCUGAAGAACCUCCCAAGGAUACUGAAGUGAAAGAGCCCAUGGAAGUGGAUACCUCUGAGGUGGAGAAGAAGACUGAGAGUGGAGGGAAAGCUGAAGAACCUCCCAAAGUUGAAGCUCCCAAGGACGUUGAAAUGAAAGAGCCUGCAGAGGAAGUUGUUGCUGAGGGUGAUGGAGAGAAGAAGCCUGCAGAGGAAGUUGUUACUGAGGGUGAUGGAGAGAAGAAGCCUGCAGAGGAAGUUGUUACUGAGGGUGAUGGAGAGAAGAAGCCUGCAGAGGAAAAGGCUGAGAACAAGGGCAGUGUGACAGCAGAAACUAACGGAGAACAGAAGGUGACUUCUGGUGAGCCAAACCUUGAUGCAGAUGCGGAAGCUACCAAGGGAAAUGAAACACAAGAAGCUGCUGAUGAGAAGAAGACUGAAGCUCCAGCAGCAAACGACGUGAAGGGAGGAGAGGCAAGCAUAGGCUUAGAGGCGAAUCAAGUUCAACAGCCACAGGGUGCUGUGAGCUGCUAA